CAUUUUACAGGAAAAGAAGAAAAUGAAAGUACAGCUAUUUUAUUAGGGUAACAGUAUAAUUAGAAACAUGUGCUUGCUGUUUAUGUAUUUAAAUGACGAUGAAUGUGGGGAUGGAUACCGUGUGAUCAUUGCAAACAAUCGAGAUGAGCAGUGGGAUAGACCAACAAAACAGCUGUCAUUCUGGACAGAUAAUGAGGAGUGUAUAAGUGGUCAGGAUAUGACUCCAGGCAAAGAAAACGGCACAUGGUUAGGAGUAUCAAAGAAAGGAAGAAUUGGAAUACUACUCAAUAUCUUAGGUGUCAAUGAUUGUGAAAAGAAAGGAAGAGGAUAUUUAGUUAAUGAAUAUAUUUCAAGUCAGAAGGAUGGCCACCAAUACAUCAAUGAAACAAUAAAGCCAUGUUCGAGUAAUUACAACUCAUUCAAUCUUAUCCUGAUGAACCUUAGUUUUCCAAAGACAAAUGGUUUAUGUUGUUCCAAUAUGGAUGGUGUUAUAACUGAAUUGGAUAUUUCCAACGGUGUUUUUACUUGUGACAAUUCAUCACAAGGCAAACCGUGGCAGAAGUCUAUUCAAAAUAGAGAAAGAUUUGGCAAUAUUGUUAAAGAAUGUAAUCACAAAGAAAAGAAAGAUCAACUUGUUCAGGAACUACUAAGUCUUCUUACAGAUAGAAAGACAUAUAACAAUGACAAACAGUUAGCCACACAAGCUGCAAUGUCUAAUAUGGAAGAAGACAUUAUUUUAGAGAGAAGUGCUGUAUUUGUAUGGACACCUAAAUUUAGAUAUGGCACUAGAACACAUUCCAUCAUUUUAGUUGACCGUGAAGGCAAUUGUGAUUUUAUAGAGAAAACUAUGACGACACCAGUAGAACCAGAUAAUGUCAAAUGGGAAACCAGAUCCUUUAAAUUUAAAUUUUCUAAUUGUACAAGCCCUCAUUUAUAGCAUGUUCUAAACAAGAUUGUAGUAUAAUAUUUAUUUAUUUAAAUUAAUGUUGAUUAAAAAAUAAUUAGAUUAGAUGCAUGCGAUUUUUAAUCAAAUAGUACAAUACAGAUAUUUGCAGCAAUUUUACCUCUUCAUUUGAACUCAUUAAAAAAGGUGAAAUCCAAAAAUGUCCAUGAUAAAUGUUAAAUAUCCAAAGCAUAAGUUCAAUGUAAAUAAUUUUUCUGUUUUAUUUUCUAUCAGUAAUUUACAUGUUGAUACACACCUUAAAAUUGUUUCUGACCACUUUAUUUCAAAAGCAAAUUUGAUGACCGGAAUGUAUUGCUUUAGACAAAAAAGAAACAUUUUCUGCCCCCAAACAGUUGCAUUUUGUUAAAUCAUUAAAUUUGUUAUGAUUCCUAAAGAAAGGAUGAGUAAUACUUAACAGAGAUAUUUGUUUUUUUUAGUAAUUAAAGACAUUACCUUAAGCUUUAAUGAUUUAGGUAAUAUUUUAUGCAUAUAUCUGUAUUGUUUUAAUAAAUUUGGUGUGAUGGUA